CAAGUAUCGAUUUCAAAUUCAAGUAGCUAAUACGUAAUCGAUAAUUUCCCGCCAUUUCUUGUCGACCAAUCGCGUUUCUUUAUCUCACAGUCUGUCUUAUCGUCCUAAUCGUUCGUGGUUUCUCACCGACAAAUUUUGUUCUUAAAUCUUUUUCACUUUUUGUGAAACUUUCUUGCGUGCCAGUGCUUGUGCGUUCUGUAUCGACGAUCUUUAUCGCUCAGUUUUCGUCCUAAAAACUUUGUAAUCGAAUCGUUCAAAUUCAAAACUCAACUUAUAAUCCAUAUUUCUGUUUAAAAUUUUUUUUUGUGAGUAUUUCCCGUUACCGUGAGUAAUUUUCCCAGUCUUGUAGUAACAAUUCAGCAUUUUGUGAAAAUAGUGCGCUAUUUUGUACAAGAUAUAUAACGAUAAAUUUGUAUCAUCCUAUUUUGCUGUCUUGCCAAAUUUGAAAUCAAUUCCUAAUUUUUUUAAUUCCGCAAUUCCCGAGUUUUUUGUCCGUGUUACGUAUGAGUAUUCAGUGACAUUGUCAUCCGCUAUUUAUUGUCAGUUUUCAGUUCAGUGUGUGUAUAGUUAGUGACUGUACAUAACAAACAGCUAACUAAAAAGAAAAGAUAGAAUUCGUAAAUUAAUCACGGGCGGAUUUUUCCUGCUAAAAUUUCAACUCCCUUCUCUUUAUUUAUAAAAACUGAUCCACAAAUAAAACACAUCGAAUUUGUUUAUCCUUGUUUGUAUUUCCUUAUCCAGGUCCCUCGACAUAUUUUAGCAUAUUUUCAUAAUUUUAUUUUUGAUCGAGUUUUAUUUCUUGUACAAUAAAUAGCUAAAUCUAUCAAAACACUGCCCCCUUGUCCACAAAAUUACUUUUGCCCUCAGUAACCCGCCAACUUAACGAAUCCUUGAGGGAACUAGUUAUUACAAUCCUUGACAUAACCUAGUUAUACCGAGAUAAUGCUUCAAAACGGCGUUUCAAACGCAGACUUUGCAAACAACAACCCUGGAUCAAUGAACAACUUUAAUUGUUCAGUAGUAUCUUCGGAUGUAAAAAUGGAGACUAAUAGCUUCAUGUCACCAACUGAUCAUCUUAUUCCCACCCCCUUAUCCUUGUUAAACAACAACAACAAUAACAGUAUCAACAACAAUGUUGAAAAAGUCCCCCUCAAAACGAUAACCUCGGCUGAAAAUGUCCAACAUAGCCCGCCGAUGGCAAACGGCGGACCAGCACCUGCCGGAGGCAAAACACAGCCCCCGUUUUCACCCAAAAUACCACAGAACAACCCAACAGGGACAGGUCAAGGUCAUCUGAUGAACGGAUCUGCAAAUGGGUUCGGGGGUCAGAAUUAUUUGCAGAACGGGCACAACAAGGGGUCUUUUGCACAGAAUGGGGCAGUGGGCAACAACAGCAGAAAUCCCGACUUGAUCAAACUGUUUGUGGGACAGAUCCCGAGAGACCUGCACGAGCACGACUUGCGCCCGAUGUUCGAGGAGUUCGGUCCCAUUGUGGAGUUUUCGAUUCUCAAGGACAAAUACACAGGAAUGCACAAAGGUUGCGCCUUUUUGACCUACUGUGAGAACCAGAGUGCGAUUGAAGCUCAGGAACGUCUGCACGAGAAACGAAUUCUACCAGGGAUGACGCGUGCAAUUCAGGUGAAGCCAGCAGAUCCCGAAAACAAAGGGGAUCGGAAGGUGUUUGUGGGCAUGUUGGGAAAGACGCAGAACGAGGAUGACCUGAAGAGUCUGUUUGGAGACUAUGGUACCAUAGAAGAGUGCACCAUCCUCAGAGACACCAACGGACAGAGCAAAGGUUGCGCCUUCAUCAAGUUCAAGGAACACGGAGAGGCAGUCAAGUCCAUAGAGAAGAUCCACGGCACCAGGACCAUGCCGGGAGCUUCGUCUAGCAUCGUGGUGAAAUUCGCAGACACUGAAAGAGAGCGAGCAAUAAGGAAGAUGCAGCAACACUUCAACGCCCAGAUGUCCGGCAUGGCAGCUGCCGCUUCGGCCAACAGUCCAGCUGCGCCAGGUGCCAAUCCUCUUCUGGCUGCGCAAUACGCCACCGCAUACUCUCAGUUGGCCCAGCAGCAACAGCAGCAGAUUUUGGCGGCUGCAGCUGCCGGAGGUUCCUACUACUCGCCAUCUGGAACUCCUGGAAGCGUGAACGGACUGGCCUCGCCCGCUUGUUCAGUCACUCCAAACGGGCUAAUUGGACCGCACCACCAAUUGGGCUCGGGGUUGCGUGGAAUCCAUCAUAAUUUGCCCAACGGAAGUCCGAUUCAAGUCCACAACAACCACAACAAUCAACAACACGCGUCACCCAACACUAAUUCGCCAACUGACAAAACUUCUACCUGUUCUGACGAGGCAAACAACAACACGAGUAGUUCAUCUGGAGCAGUGCCCAAUGGGGUUCUGAUGUCGGCGGUGUCUGGUGCAGCUCCCACUUCAGUUGUCGCCACGGGACCCCAACAUCCACCCUCCUCGUUCCAACAUCAACAGGCCAAUCACCACCAACAUCACCCCAGUAACAGUCCCGCAGCUCAGAACCAGCCCCUGUUGUACCACCCAUCUCAACUGGCCGCUUCCGCUACACUCCCCGAAAUAAUGGCGGCGUCACACGGAAUCUCAUUGGCCGAACUGCAGCAGGCGGCACUCUUGCAGCAAGCAGCACUCACCGGAAUGCCAAUUGUUCCUACGGGGGGAGCAACUUCUUACCAGCAGCAGCAAUUGGCAACGGCGCAGCUUUUGGCGGUGGCUGCUUCAUCCCCACCAACGGGGGCGGGGGCAACCACGCAGCAGCCGGGGGCUCCCCAAACACCGCCGGGGGCGGGGGCCAACCAUCACUUGCAGCUAUCGCCGCAUUCCAGCAGCAGCUCUCAGCACCCCAGCCCUCAGCAUCACAACCACCAAUUGAUGGCAGCUUUGAUCCAGCAUCAGCAAUCUCAGCAGCAGCAGCAGGUUGUGGCGGCGCAGGCGCAGCAGCAGCAGCAAUUGGUGGUUGCGGCCCAAUGUCAGCAGGCGCAGCUGGCGGCCUCCAUGCAGCAGGCGGCAGUCAUGCAGGCGGCGGCCGCGUCCUUGGCGGGACACCAGGCGGCGACGGUUGCGGCAGCUCAGGCCCAGGCAGCAGCAGUGGCUCAGGCCCAGGCUGCGGCCCAUCUGCCCUCCCAACAGCGAGAGGGGGUGCUUUGUCAGUCAAAUCGUGCAAGGCCGGAAGGAUGCAACCUUUUUAUCUAUCACCUGCCCCAGGAGUGUACAGAUGCGGACCUGACGCAGAUGUUUAUCCCCUACGGACAGGUCAUCAGUGCUAAAGUAUUCAUCGACAGAGCCACCAACCAGUCCAAGUGCUUCGGGUUUGUGAGCUAUGACAACCCCCAAAGUGCAGAGGCUGCCAUCCACUCCAUGCACGGAUUCCAAAUUGGCAACAAGCGACUCAAAGUUCAACAUAAGAGGCCAAAAGAUCAGAGUAAGCCUUACUAGCCAAUCGGACUCCGGCCAACCCACAAAGCACCCUAACCAAUCACAAAGCUGUAAAAGGACCCAGUUCAAACAGCCAAUCAGAGCAGCCCAUUUUCCAAAUGCUUUCCAAAUAUGGUCACUCAGUACACAAAACAAUAGGCGCCGAUUGGUCAGAAAAGGUUCACAACUGCAGUUGCAAUAAACUGAAACCUCCUUAAAACUUCUCUUUUUAGUUUAAAUUUACAAUAUGUUUUGGUUUAAGUCAUCUAAUAAUUUGAUUAUUACGAAAACGAAUCUAUCAUAUAAUCAACAGGUGGUUCGAUUUGAUUAAUCUUGCUUGAAUGAUCAUUUUAUUUUUAUAAUACAAUUAAUUACAUUUCCUAAUACAGAACAAUGCCAAAUAUUCUUUCAGCUCAUAAUCCUUGCAGUUCGCUUAUAUAGCACUUAUUUUCUAUUAUCUUGCUUAUUUUUCUAUCAUUCAUUUGAUUUUGUUUGCUUUGAUUUUGGUUGAUUUCUUCAUUUGGUUUCAAGCUUGUUUUAUAAUUUAUAAUUAUAACCACCCAUCUAACUUAACUUACUGAAUUAACGAUGAACGCUCAAUAAGCCACGCAUUUAAAUUUGAGAAAUGUUCAGUUAAAAUGCCAUAUGCUUUUAGCCCCCCUCCCAUCCAUGAAAGUUAGAAACUUAAAAAAUAGCGUAGAUUUAUAUCCAAAAAAUGAUAGUGCUUAUAUUUAUUGAACUAAUAGCACCACUCUUUUGCUCUCUACUCUUCAUCUCAUUAAAUAGAAUUUGUUUAUUCCAAGAAACACUCAAUUCAAAGAGAUUAUUCAAGCUUUCCAUUGUGUAAUGAUUUUUGGAUGGGUUUUCGCCAACAUUCUUCAACAAUCCAUUCCUUAUCUAAAACACUUUUUAGCUGCUACUUUGUAAUCAAAAACUUUCAGUUUUUAAUUUUUCAUGAUACGAAAUUUUGCUGUUUAUGAACUUUGAUUUUCAUAAAAAAAACUGAAAGUUUGGGCUUUUUAUGACUUGCCAUAAUUGGGCUUAUUUUGAUUGCAGUACAAUUCAUCGAACUGCUGUCUAACUUGAUGCAGUGAAUUAAAUGACUGAAGCUCUUAAGUUAAAUUUACAAAUCCAAGUUUGUAGGGAAUAUUUUGCAUUAAACUUUAAGUUGGAUUCUUCUAGUCUAUCAAACAUUAAACAUUAUAAUCAUAACUAACUUCUGACAAGACUGAAUGAAAAGGGCUGUUUAGUUUACUUUCUCUCACUUUCGUUUAAUUUUUCAUUAUAUUGCGAUAUAACUUUUGACGCGUGCGAUAAUAGUAAUGUUCGACCAUGUUUUGAAGAUGUCAAAAUAUCUACUGAGAAUGUCAAGCAAUUAAUGAACAUCUAUUAUGGUUUCUUUGAUUCAUUCUAAAUUUCAAUCAUUUUUGCAGCCUUAAUUCAAAAUUUAUUAUUCCAAAUUUAA